AAGGUGGAUAAAACCCUAAAGUAAACCCUUCUGUUUCUUCCUAUGGAGGAAGGUUCAGAAAUUAGUUAAAAAGAUCAAGAAUCUUCAUAAUCUAAUGGCCAAGCUCAGGGGGCUGGCAGCCUUUCUGCCUUUUGCAGUGCAAUGGAGGCAAACACGCCUCUGAGAUUCAGUUCUGUCUUCCACUGAGCUUGGCUCUCUCUGUUAUCAGGAAACUCAGGGUUUCUCUCUACCGUUGGCUGCAAUUAGCUGGCCACAGUGAUGUACAAAUAUUUUAAGACUGGAGAUCUGUACAGUGGAAGGAAUUUUAAAAAACAACAGUUUUAAAAAGUCAGAUGUUUGCAUAUCAAGGAGGAUUUUGAGUAGACCUUCAUAUUCCAGCUGCAAAAUGCCAGUAAAAGAAUAUUGCUAUUUUCAUCUACUUUUACACAACAGCUGCCCAGAAUGGGGGUGGGGCUAGGAAAUGAAGCCAAAUACACUUUGCAUCUUAGGUCUUGCUCAAAAUGAGAAAUACUGAAAUUGAAUUUUAUUAUCUUUCUUUUCCCUGCCUGCUUUCAUUUCACUCUCAUCAGCGUUACCUAACUACCAAGGACAAUCUAUUUUCCCCUGUUUUUAUAAUAUGAAGAGCUUGUUUAUAGCUAUCUGGACCUGAGGCAGGGUAGCAAUUGCUCUGCAAGCAAUAAGCCACUGGAAAAAUGUCCAGCUGACUCUCUGUACUGGCCAUGGGGCGUUUGGUCUCUGGGUAUUUUUUUCAGUCUGGGUUACUUUUAGCAAUUCACUUGUGGCUCUCAUUAGAAAAUAAAAGCAAUGCCAUAAAAAGGUGCAGUCUGUUCCCACACCACAGAAGAGCUUGGGCCUUUUCUGCUCAUUUUUCAGAGCUUCCCCUUUGAAAUCCUUGCAACCUUGGCCAGAAAUGCUGCAAUUGGUCAAGAGAUACAAGCCCAGGGGCUUGGGCAAGCUUGACCUUAGCUUCCCCUAAUUCCUGAGCCACUUCACCGUGGGAGGUGCCUCAAUCCAUGGCACAUCCAGUCUUUCCUCGGACACCUCCAGGCACGGUGGCUCCAGCACCACGCCGGGCAAACCAUUGCAAUGUCCACCCUUUCCAUGAGGAAAUUUUCCCAUCACAGUCAUUGUGUCGGUGCCUUUCACAGGCUGAAAUACCAAACUCUCAGUCCGUGUCUUUUGCAGGAGUGAAACUUUAACCUCUCAGCAUAAACCCCUGCACUGUGCCACAUCUGUGUUGGGCAUGGGGGGAUUUGGGGUCACCGAGGUGGCACAGCUUUCUAUCUGAAAGCAAACGGAGCUGGUCGAGCUUCUGGUGCUUCAUACAACUAAAGAUGAACGCACGGAACGAAUCCGCCCUGAGGAGCGCUGCCUGUGCGGGACUGAACUGCGGUGGGACGCGCAGACAAACCCGGCCCGGCUUCCGACGGGCCCGAGGGCCUCAGGCUCCCGCGGCGGCCGGGAGGGCCCCGCGCAGGGCGGCCUCGCUCCCGGCUCCGGCUCCCGGCUCCGGCUCCCUCCUCCGGCUCCCGGCUCCGGCUCCCUCCGGCCGGCGGAGGCCAUGGCCGGGGGGCACCUUAGUGGGGGGACCGUGUUGCUGGGGACCGCGUUGCUGGGGGAACCGGGUAACCGAGGGACUGGGUCCGCCACGUCGCCGGGUGUUGCGGUCCUGCCGCGGCGCGGCCUUCCCGGGGCGAAAGCGGCCUCAGGUCCCUCACGGAGCCGCAGCGGGAGCGGCGGCCGCGGGAGCCGGGGCGGUGCGGGCAAAGAGCAGCGGCUCGGGAAGGCAGCGGGGAACCGGCCGGGAGGAACUGCAGGACACGGGGUUCCGGCCCGGCCCUGAUUCCCGGCAGCCCCCGCGGUGCUCCCUCUCUUCCGGUCCGGCGGCGGCGAGCGCGGCUCCGGUGCGACCAUGGCCAAGUCCAAGAACCACACCACGCACAACCAGUGUGAGCGGGGCUGUAACCGGGCCGGGGCCGGGGCCGGCGCGGGGAUGGCAGCACCGCCUGCCCGGGGGUUUGUGGCGAGAUAAGCCCGUAAGUGGCACAGAAAUGGCAUCAAGAAGCCCAAAAAACAUAGAUACGAAUCUCUCAAAGGGGUUGAUCCCAAGUUUCUGAGGAACAUGAGAUUUGCAAAGAAACACAACAAGAAGGGGCUGAAGAAGAUGCAGGCCAACAAUGCCAAGCAGGCAGCUCAGCAAGCUGCUCUGCAGAAAAAGGACUGAUGUGCUUGAACAAGUGACCCAGUUUUCUUACUGGCAUAUGUGUUACAGCAUUUUUUAAAAAUAAAAUUGUAUGUAACAAA